AUGUCGACUCGAUUUUCGGAUUCUUUACUUCCACCGGGCCACGAGCUGGAGAGACUCACACGUCGAGCGCGUCGAGCGAAACUCGGUAGCUCAGUAAGGUCAAGGUCUGUUCCCAACAUUCACGAUGCUACUGGUAGCGACAACGGCAGUAGACCAAGUCCUGUGAUCUAUGCUCAGGACUACGAGAAUUCAAAUGCGGCUGUACCCCUUCAAAUCGAUGACCCGGACACCACCGUUCCAACUACCGAUGGUAGCCAUGAUACAACGGAGCUUCAGGGGGUAGCAUUGAACGAUGGAAGCAGUUCAUCGAUGUCUAAACUUGCUUCUGAAAGGGACGAUAUGACAUUUUCCAUGCAAAGAUCACACAGCCGGCAGGCCGAUAGCCGGCAGGACUCCGACCAGCAAAGCGAGACGGAAACCAUCGUACCAAGGAGAAAUCUCACAGCCCUUGAUGUCGCUUCACUUAUAUUAAACAAGAUGGUUGGUACCGGGAUCUUCACGACUCCGGGAGCUGUGCUUGGGUAUACGAGGUCAAAGCCUGUGAGCCUGGCCCUGUGGCUUGUCGGAGGUGUGUUCACGCUUCUGUUUAUCCUCGUCUACCUUGAGUUUGGUAGUGCCCUCCCUUUCAACGGAGGAGAGCUCAUUUACCUGGAUGAAGUCUACCCGGCGCCUGAACUCCUUUCAACCAUCCUGUUCUCAGCAUUCUUCUUGUGUCUGGGAAAUUCGUACGGCAAUUCGGUGACAUUCUCCAAGCAAACCAUAUUAGCCAGCGAUCCGUCUGCCACCAAGAUGGCCGGGCUCGAUUCUCGGCUUGUGAGGUUUAUUGCGAUUAGUGUGCUGUCGGUCGUCUGCCUCCUGCACUAUUUCUCCAACCGAUUCGGCCUUUUCUUGAACAAGCUUUUCGCCAUCUUCAAGACCGUACUCCUGCUUACGGUAUUCAUUGCCGGGGUGAAGGCAUCAAGCAAAAACGGAUCCGGGCUGGCCGACUUUGGCAAGACUCAUGGCGACAGGGGUGCAACAGAUGGUCUUUCUGCUCUUGUGCUCAUAUUUUAUGCGUAUCAAGGAUGGGAGAAUGCCAACUACGUUGCUGGAGAGAUCAGAGCUCCCACCAAGACACUUAGAAGAGGUGCAUUUCUGGCCGUUGGUCUCGUCACCCUUUUAUAUCUUCUAGUGACAGUCGCAUAUUAUGUCGCUUGUGACUAUGAAACCAUAACAGAUAGCGACACUGAUCUCGGUAUCGCGAUUCUAUUCGCUCCAAGGGCAUUCGGGUCAACCAUGGGCCUGAAAGUGUGCAUAGCUCUGUCUGCAUUUGGAAACCUCCUGGCGGUCACUUUUACCAGUUCCAAAGUCAAGCAAGCCAUUGCCGUCCAAAGGAUUAUACCAUUUUACAAAUUCUUCCAAAAGGACAUCAACACUCCAAAAGGGGCCCUUGUCUUGCAUUGGCUGUCCUCGACAAUGCUCAUAAUCUUCUGUCCGGUCAGUGCUGAUGGCUACACUUUUGCGGUCGGACUCUUCACCUAUGGUCAUAUUAUUGUUGGCACGUUGGUAACUCUUGGGCUGUAUCGGCUCACUUCACGCAUGCAGCAGACGUGGCCUGGGUGGCGACCGAUGAUAUUCACGAACAAGUUCGUCCUCUACACCUUACCCCUGAUCUUCACGGCAGGUAACCUCAUAAUCUUGAUAUGGGGAGCAAAGCCACGUAAUCCGGGAAAGAUUCCUCGAUUUUGGUGGCCUGUGAUAUUCUUCCUCAUCAUACUUGGCGGGGCUAUAUACUGGACUUGCAUGGUCGCGACGCAGAUCCGAAUCAAUCGUCGAGGGAAAGAAACGACCAUUGGGGAGGUCAUUGGAUUUCAGGUAAAGAUAUACAACGAAACCGACGAGGUGGUACCUGCGAAUAUGGAAGAGGCCAUCGUUCAAUCGCGGCUCGAUGGAUCAAGACGACGGGUCGGCUAUCAGUUUUCCGGCUUGUUUGCAAAGGCUGGUAAAGCGUACUCACAGACUGUCGACUUUGUCACCAAGUUUUUGUUCUAG